AUUUAUAUUAUAGCUGGCACCAUAUCUAUUUGUGGUUAAUUCACCACAUGAAAUCAUGAAUAAUGUUUCUUUACAUAGCUGUCUUUAUAGUUUCCAACCACCACCCAAAUCUACCACCACCGCAAACCACCGACACAUGAUGAGUCCCAUGACACUCCUCCUCACCCUCCUCCUCCUCCACCACCUCCCACCGUGCCCCGCCGCACCCGGCCACUGGUCCCUCCUCCACCAAACCAUUGGCAUUUCCGCCAUGCACAUGCAACUCCUCCCUAACGACCGUGUUGUAAUCUUUGACCGCACAGAUUUUGGCCCCUCAAACAUCUCCCUCCCCGACAAAAAAUGUCGGUCCGACCCGAAUGAUAUGGCGUUGAAGCUCGACUGCACCGCUCAUUCUGUAGAAUACGAUGUUUCCUCGAACACCAUUCGCCCCCUCAUGGUUCUCACGGACGUUUGGUGUUCUUCCGGAGCUUUAACACCCGAUGGCAGCUUAGUCCAGACGGGCGGAUUCAACGAUGGUGAUCAUGUCGUUAGAGUUUAUAAAUCGUGUGAUGAAUGCGAUUGGCGAGAGAUAGAUUCCGGAUUGAUUGAAAGAAGAUGGUAUGCUACGAGUCAUAUACUGCCUGACGGCCGCCAGAUUAUUAUUGGCGGCCGCAGGCAGUAUAAUUUCGAGUUCUACCCGAAAAGAUCACCCGCGGAGAAAUCACAAAGUUUACCCUUUCUUGUUGAAACAUAUGAUCAACAAAUUGAGAAUAACUUAUACCCUUUUGUGUUUCUACAUACGGAUGGAAAUUUAUUUAUUUUCGCGAAUAAUCGCGCGAUUUUGUACGAUUAUUCAAAAAAUGUAGUGGUCAAGGCGUACCCGGAAGUACCCGGUGGUGACCCGAGGAAUUAUCCGAGUACGGGCUCGGCGGUACUACUUCCAAUGCGGAUAGUACAAGGGGUUGUAGCUGUGGUUGAAGUUUUGGUGUGCGGGGGUGCCCCUAAAGGAGCACAUAUCAACGCUAAAAAUGGUAAAUUUGAUGGUGCAUUGGAUAGUUGUGGGCGGAUUAAAAUAUCCGACCCGGAUCCUAAAUGGGUCAUGGAAACCAUGCCUAUGGGUCGAGUUAUGGGUGACAUGUUAUUGCUCCCGAAUAGUAACGUUUUGAUUAUUAAUGGUGGAUCUAGUGGGACCGCAGGGUGGGAAUAUGGGCGUAACCCGGUUUUGAAACCGGUUAUUUACAAACCGGAUGAUCCAAUCGGGUCUCGGUUUGAAGUGCAGAACCCGAGCACCAUACCUCGAAUGUACCAUUCGGCUGUGGUUUUGGUUCGAGAUGGUCGAGUUCUAGUUGGUGGGAGUAACCCUCAUGAACGAUAUAAUUUCACAAACGUACUUUAUCCUACUGAAUUAAGUCUAGAAGCGUUUUCACCUUCUUACUUGGAUGUGUCCGCAUCCGUUUUUCGCCCAAAGAUUCUUUCGCUUGCCACCCGUAUUCAAUAUGGAAAACGGGUGGAUAUACGGUUCAAAGUUCAAUCACAAGUGGACACGAAUUUAAUAUAUGUGACAAUGGUUGCACCUUCGUUUAACACACACUCCUUUUCAAUGAAUCAAAGGUUGUUGGUGUUAGAUGGUGGCAACAUGACCACCAAGAUCGCCGGUGACACAAACUACAAAGUUGGUGUGACGGCGCCACCUUCGUGUAACGUAGCACCGGAGGGGUAUUAUCUGCUUUUUGUGGUACAUCGAGAUAUCCCAAGUGAAGGCGUUUGGGUUCACGUGGAGUGAUUAUACAUUUGUGUAGAGUUCUUGUUAGUUCGGUAACUCUAUUUAUGUUAAAUGAGUACAUUUGUGAAAAGACAAUUGUAUUUAUUUUAGUUUCCGGAUUUUAUAUUAUAUGAAGAAAAAUAAUUCACGU